AUGCCGCCGCGAGCACUCCACCGCACUGCACUGCACCGUCCGCACUCUCACUGGCCGUCACUGGCCGUCACUGGCCGCCACGGGUCGCCACUGGCCGGCGCGGGCGCGGGUCGCAGGUCGUGUGUAGGAGCGGCGCGUGUCGCGUGGCGCGUGUCGACUGUGAGUGAGCGUGGUGCGCUCUCCGCGGGGCUCGGCCGGAGACUGCGCGCGCGCCCCUCUCGGCCUCCGCCUUCCCUCCUCUUCCCUCCGCUGCAGUCGCUAGCGAUGGACGAACAUUGA